AAACCAUCGAAAAUCGAAGCAUACUCAGUUCGACCAGACAGCUUCGUACUUAUCGGCCAAGGUGUUCUCUUCUUUGUCCAAAUCACAGUGCCACGCUCUAUAAUCUAAUCACUCACUUCUCAUCUUCAUCUUCAUCUCCAUCUUACGUAGAUCGAAUUCAGAUAUGGCGAAGAAUCCAUCUGACCCAGCUACUCACCAUUUCAACCACGACUCUCUGCUCCGCUUCUGCUCUUCCAACAUUUCCGGCUUCCCACCUUCCCCCACACAUUUCAACCUCUCCCAGUUUGGACAUGGACAGUCCAACCCCACCUACUUGAUGGAAGUAGGCUCACACGGCUCUGUGGUCAAGCGCUACGUUCUCAGGAAGAAACCUGCAGGGGUGUUACUGGCUUCAGCUCAUGCUGUGGAAAGAGAGUUUAUGGUUCUCCAGGCGUUGGGAGCUAACACGAAAGUUCCGGUUCCUAAAGUUUUCUGUUUGUGCAAUGAUCCAUCUGUUAUUGGAACAGCUUUUUACAUUAUGGAGUAUUUGGAGGGGCGCAUAUUUGUUGAUCCCAAGCUACCAGGUAUGGCACCAGAGAGGAGGAGGGCGAUUUACCUGGAAACUGCGAAAGCCUUAGCUUCUUUACAUUCUGCUAAUGUGGACUCCAUUGGUCUGGGAAAAUAUGGGCGUCGUAAUGAUUAUUGCAAAAGACAAAUUGAGAGGUGGGCUAAGCAAUAUAUUGCCUCAACCAGUGAGGGUAAACCUGCAACGAAUCCAAAAAUGUUUGCCCUGGUUGAUUGGCUAAAGCUCAACAUCCCUCUUGAAGAUUCUUCAGGAGCAACAGCUGGUCUGGUUCAUGGAGAUUUUCGUCUUGACAAUCUUGUGUUCCAUCUCACAGAGGAUCGAGUAAUUGGGGUACUUGACUGGGAACUGUCUACCCUUGGUAACCAAAUGUGCGAUGUCGCAUAUAGCUGUCUGUCUUAUAUUGCAGAUAUUGGGCCAGAAAUAGUACGGGAAGGUAUGGAACUAUCUGGGGCACCAAAGGGAAUUCCUUCACUACCAGAAUAUUUGGCUGAGUACUGCUCUCUGGCAGAACGAAAAUGGCCUCUUGCUGAAUGGAAGUUCUAUGUUGCCUUUUCUUUGUUCCGUGGGGCUUCAAUUUAUGCAGGCGUGUAUAAUAGAUGGGUUAAGGGUAAUGCAUCAGGAGGUGAGCGUGCGCGUCAUACAGAAGUACUUGCUAAUGGUCUUAUAGAUGCUGCUUGGAAAUUUAUUGAACGCAAAUCUGUGCUUCCACAGCAUCCUCCCUCAGAUGCAAACGCACGUGACCAUUCAAAAGAGUUAGUGAAUGGGGAUGAUAUGCUGGGGCUAUCAAAUCAGGGGAAGUUUGUUCCUAGCCAAAAGGUUUUAAACCUCAGGAACAAAUUAAUUCAGUUUAUGGAGGAACACAUAUACCCCAUGGAAAAUGAGUUUUAUAAACUCGCCCAGUCAGAAUCACGUUGGACCGUUCACCCUGCAGAGGAAAAGUUAAAGGAGUUAGCAAAGAAAGAAGGCUUGUGGAACUUAUUUAUUCCUCUUGACAGUGCUGCGAGGGCAAAAAAUCUUAUUUUUGAUGGGAGCAAUAAUAGUCCCUCUACUGAUGCAAAUGACUUGUUAUUGGGUGCUGGUCUAACAAAUCUCGAAUAUGGAUAUCUUUGUGAGACCAUGGGUCGCUCUGUUUGGGCUCCACAAGUAUUUAACUGUGGUGCACCUGAUACAGGUAAUAUGGAGGUAUUACUGCGUUAUGGAAAUAAAGAGCAACAACGAGAAUGGCUUAUUCCUUUGCUUGAGGGGAAGAUUAGGUCUGGAUUUGCAAUGACAGAACCUCGUGUUGCGUCUUCUGAUGCAACCAAUAUUGAGUGUUCGAUCAAAAGACAAGGAGAUUCAUAUAUUAUCAAUGGGACAAAAUGGUGGACAAGUGGUGCCAUGGAUCCAAGAUGCAGAAUUCUUAUAGUCAUGGGUAAAACUGACUUCAAUGCAGCGAAGCAUAAACAGCAAUCUAUGAUCUUAGUUGAUAUCCAGACUCCUGGUGUUCAUAUAAAGAGACCAUUGUUGGUGUUUGGCUUUGAUGAUGCACCUCAUGGGCAUGCAGAAGUAACAUUUGAGAAUGUACGUGUGCCAGCAGAAAAUAUCUUACUUGGUGAAGGACGUGGAUUUGAGAUUGCUCAAGGUAGGCUAGGUCCUGGAAGGCUGCACCAUUGUAUGAGACUGAUAGGUGCUGCUGAGAGAGGCAUGCAAAUGAUGGCUCAAAGAGCUGUUAGCAGAAGAGUAUUUGGGAAAUUGAUUGCUCAACAGGGCUCAUUUCUUUCAGAUAUGGCCAAGUGCCGAAUAGAGCUAGAGAAGACCAGAUUGUUGGUGUUGGAAGCUGCGGACCAACUAGAUAGACAUGGGAACAAGAAAGCUCGAGGGAUAUUAGCAAUGGCGAAGGUAGCCGCACCAAACAUGGCACUAAAAGUACUUGACAUGGCAAUGCAAGUGCAUGGAGCUGCUGGUGUGUCUUCUGAUACAGUUCUGGCGCAUCUGUGGGCAACUGCAAGGACCCUAAGAAUUGCAGACGGUCCAGAUGAAGUCCACUUGGGUACCAUUGCCAAGUUAGAACUACAGAGAGCCAAGCUCUGAGAGCCUGAACCUUCUGAAACAUGGGACUGAAAGAAAGUCACCAAAUAAAAACUAAAACGAAACAGAAAUUUACACUGCCAUCCAGAAAGUGGUCCAAGGAAUAAACAUUUUCCACAAUAGGUGUUCUGAAAUGCUUUUGGAAGCAUUAUGUAUUGUUAUAUGUAUGAGUUUCUUCUAAAUAAGCUUUCUCAUUGUUUAUUCCAGGUUUGUAACUUUUAAUUCCUUAUUAAUUAGUAAGGAAAAAGAAAAUGAUAGAACACGGAUGAGCGGAUAAAUGCAGUCAUGCAGAGGAAUAAUAUGGAGAAAAUAGCAAAAUAAGCAUACAUAACACAUGUGGUAGCUUUAUUCUUAUGUACAGACAUAAAGUUGAUGUGAGUUCAUUGGAAUAGUUCUAUUUUCUAAUAAAUAUAAUUUAGAAUGCUAAA